GCACCUGCUGCAAAGAGGAAGGAGCUCGAGGACUACGCACCUGCUGCAAAGAGGGAGGAGCUCGAGGACUACGCACCUGCUGCAAAGAGAAAGGAGCUCGAGGACUACGCACCUGCUGCAAAGAGGGAGGAGCUCGAGGACUACGCACCUGCUGCAAAGAGGAAGGAGCUUGAGGACUACGCACCUGCUGCAAAGAGAAAGGAGCUCGAGGACUACGCACCUGCUGCAAAGAGGGAGGAGCUCGAGGACUACGCACCUGCUGCAAAGAGGAAGGAGCUUGAGGACUACGCACCUGCUGCAAAGAGAAAGGAGCUCGAGGACUACGCACCUGCUGCAAAGAGAAAGGAGCUCGAGGACUACGCACCUGCUGCAAAGAGGGAGGAGCUCGAGGACUACGCACCUGCUGCAAAGAGAAAGGAGCUCGAGGACUACGCACCUGCUGCAAAGAGGGAGGAGCUCGAGGACUACGCACCUGCUGCAAAGAGAAAGGAGCUCGAGGACUACGCACCUGCUGCAAAGAGAAAG